CUCAAAUCAUGGCUCCUAAUGAUUGUUGGUAAUCACAGCUGAGAAUUAAUUUCGUUGCAAGAAAUAAAGAAAACAGUGUAAUUAGGUGCUUAAAACCAUUUCAAAGCAAAUGUGAUGAACUGCAUGCCGUGUCAUUUAUUCGUGAGAAAACUACAUGGCGUUCUUACAAAGCAAUAUGGGCCAACUUUUUCAUUAUCCUAUUACCCAUUAAAAAGCCUUAUUAAUGUUUCCUACAAAAAAAAAAACAAAAAAAAUUCCUACAAAACCUUAUAAAACCCUAAUAAUCGUCCGCUGUAACAACUCGGUUUGUUACAGCCGUGUAGGUUACGGUAAGAGCUUGAAGCUCCUCUCUCAGCUCCUCUUCGUUUCCAUGAAUUCCGAUGGAUCCAACUCCGGUCGUAAGAGACGAAAGAAUGCCGAUGACUCGGGAAACAACAGGGCUUCAAAGAGAGGAAGAGAAGACAAAUUAGCUGUUGAUGAUAGUGAGCCUCCUGUUAAGAAAACAGCUUCUACUAAGGCUACAGAGACAACAAGGAUUGAACAUGUCGAAACAUCAGAUUCUUACUUGUCUAACACAAGAUUUGAUCAGUUCCCAUUGUCUCCCUUAUCUCUAAAAGCAUUAGAGGAUGCUGGAUUUAAGACAAUGACUGUUGUGCAAGAGGCUACUCUUCCUAUCAUUCUCAAAGGUAAAGAUGUCUUAGCCAAGGCCAAAACAGGCACUGGGAAAACAAUUGCAUAUUUGCUUCCAUCAAUUGAAGCUGUUAUCAAAUCUCCUCCUCCAGCAAGCACGGAUAAGAAGAAACCUUCAAUUAUUGUGCUUGUGGUCUGCCCUACUCGGGAACUUGCUUGUCAAGCUGCUGCAGAAGCAAAGACCCUGCUCAAGUACCACUCAUCUAUUGGUGUUGAUGUUGUGAUUGGAGGUAAAAAGCUUCGCUCAGAGCAAAGGCGUAUGCAAAAACAUCCUUGCCGGAUUCUUGUGGCUACACCUGGAAGGCUCAUAGACCAUAUAGACAACACUCCUGGAUUUGCAAGAAGGUUGAGAGGUGUGAAAGUCCUUGUGCUUGAUGAAGCAGAUCAUCUCUUGGACAUGGGUUUCCGAAGGGAUGUUGAGAGGAUCAUCUCCGCUGUUCCUAAGAAGAGACAAACAUUUUUGUUUUCUGCCACGGUGCCUGAAGAGGUCCGCCAAAUAUGCCAUGUUGCUUUGAAACAAGAUCAUGAGUUCGUCAAUUGUGUUCAAGAGGGUAGUGAUGAGACACAUCAAAAGGUCACACAAAUGUACAUGGUAGCAUCACUGGAUAGACAUUUCUCCCUCAUAUAUAUGCUCCUUAAAAGACACAUUGCAGAAAAUGUGGACUAUAAGGUGAUUAUUUUCUGUACGACUGCUAUGGUUACAAGAAUGGUGGCUGAUUUGCUUGGUCAGCUAAGCCUGAACGUCAGAGAGAUCAAUUCUAGAAAACCGCAGGGUUACAGAACCAGAGUUUCUGAUGAGUUUCGCAAGUCCAAGUGUAUUAUCCUUGUUACAUCUGAUGUAUCUUCUCGUGGUCUAGAUUACCCUGAUGUCUCACUAGUCGUACAAAUGGGAUUACCAUCAGACAGGAAACAAUACAUACAUAGACUUGGCAGAACUGGCCGGGAAGACAAGGAAGGGGAAGGUGUACUAUUGUUAGCACCUUGGGAAGAGUACUUUCUGUCAUCUGUAAAAGACUUGCCCAUCACCAAGGCUUCUUUGCCUCAGACAGACCCUGAGGCAGUGAAAAAAGUGAAGAAGGCGCUUAGACAAGUUGAUAUGAAGUACAAGGAGGCGGCUUAUCAGGCGUGGUUGGGUUACUACACAUCUCAGAAGAAGAUUGCAAGGGACACGACUAGACUGGUGGAGUUAGCCAAUGAGUUUAGUCGCAGUAUGGGACUCAGCAUCCCUCCAGCUAUCUCUGCAAACGUUCUUGACAAGAUGGGUCUCAAAAACGUUCCUGGUCUUAGGGUCGCUCCUGGUUCUUAAUAGUAUGUUUUGUUUCAAAACUUUUUUUUUUUUUUGAUGUGUGAUCUCCUGUUAUUCUUGCAAACGCUUAAAUAUUCUGAUUAUUAAAAAAAAAAUCUAAAGUUCGUUGUUUUGAAAUUUAAAUACAUACAGAAAACAUGAU